GUCUACAAAUUUUAGCUUUUAUCACUUAAAUUUGAAAAAGAUCUACAAAAUCGAAAACCAAAAAGAAAGAAAAAAAUGAAAGUGCAAUUUUUCAUCCUCCUUUUGAUAAUCUCAUGGCUUACUCCGAAGAUUACUUCUCUUCCUCCAGAAUCUCAAGUACUUGAUAGAAGUAGUUUUCCUGAAGAUUUCGUUUUCGGAACCGCUAUAUCGGCCUUUCAGAGCGAAGGCGCAACAAGCGAAGGUGGAAAAUCGCCAACUAUUUGGGAUUACUUCAGCCACACCUUCCCAGAAAGAACCAAUAUGCAGAAUGGAGACGUUGCCAUCGAUUUUUACCAUCGUUACAAGGAUGACAUCAAAUUGAUGAAAGAGUUAAAUAUGGACGCUUUCAGAUUUUCGAUUUCGUGGGCCAGAAUGAUACCCAGUGGAAAGGUAAAGGAUGGAGUAAACCAAGAAGGUGUACAAUUCUACAAGGCUCUCAUAGACGAGCUUAUUGCUAAUGGCAUUCAACCUUCGGUGACUCUCUAUCAUUGGGACCAUCCUCAAGCUCUCGAGGACGAGUAUGGUGGUUUUUUAAACCCUCAAAUAAUAGAAGAUUUUCGAAAUUUCGCAAGAGUCUGUUUUGAAAACUUCGGAGACAAAGUUAAGAUGUGGACAACUAUCAACGAGCCUUAUGUUAUAAGUGUUGCGGGCUAUGACACAGGCAACAAAGCGGUUGGACGGUGCUCGAAAAGGGUGAAUAGUCGGUGUCAAGCUGGUGACUCGGCCAUCGAGCCUUACAUUGUAUCACAUCACCUUCUUCUUUCCCAUGCUGCAGCAGUACAAGAGUUCCGAAAUUGUAACAAGACUUUACCAGAUGAUAAGAUUGGGAUAGUGUUAUCGCCUUGGUGGCUUGAGCCUUACGACUCCACAUCGUCUGCUGACAAAGGAGCCGUUGAACGAGGCCUUGCCGUAGAAGUAGAUUGAGAGGAUGGGUGUGAUGUUAGAGGAUAUUACGUGUGGUCUUUAUUCGACAACUUCGAGUGGGAGCAUGGAUACUCUACUAGAUUUGGUAUGUACUAUGUUGACUACGAAAACAAUCUCCAACGGUAUCCUAAAGAUUCCGUCAACUGGUUCAAGAAAUUUCUCAGUAAACCAGUCGUAAAAAGUGAAGAAACAGAGGAUGAAAAAGUAUGUAAUGUGUCACAUAAGGAAGAAAAUAAUAAGGCUUUGGAUGAUUCAGAGGGUUUCGAGACUUCAGUUGAUUCUAUUGUUAAUCUCAUCAAAAAUGGAUCGAGAAUAGAAGAAGAAGAUGAUGAAGAAGAGGGAGAUUUCUGUGCUUUAAAGAAUCCAAAUGAUCAGUUAGGUUACUUUCUGAAGCCACAAAACUCAUUGGGAUUCUAGAGAACCUUUUGUUGGACGAGACUCUUUAGCUUUUCUAGUUGUGGUGUUUUAGUAAUCUUUGUAUAUUACCAAUAAGGGAAACAUCAGGUCGAGUAACAUUCGUGAUUAUGGGUUGUAAUUCCGUGAAGUGUAUAUAUGUUCCGUCUUUUUUGUUUGUUUGAAAGUGAAUCAUAUGAGAUUUUGAAACAAAGAGAGAUUAUUUCA